CAUAAAAAGUGUUUUUUUUUGUGGACUGAGUUUGUUAGUGGCCUGUGUUCUUCGAGGAUGAAGCUCCUGCUAUUGCUGUGUGCUUACACACUGUGCUUUUUGUCUGUUAAUGGACAAACGGUCGACCGUAAGUCUGUUUUGCUCAUUUAUGUGUCUAUUUAAACUAAUUCAUUUAAUGUGUUUUGCUGUAUCAAAAAUCCAAUACCAGAAGUAUAUUGUUAAACCGUCUGUGAUCUAUUGACACAAGGACAUAACUGCCACUUUUUACAAAUCAGUAACUUCACUUGUCAACACUGAAUGUGGUAUCUGAAGGAGAAUCACAUCAGCCCUGCUGACAAUAUACACCAUGAUUACACCAUGAUAUAUUUAUUUUAACCUGCUGCUGUUGUGCUCUGACAUGAGAACAUCAGAAAGUCUUCAUGCCUCUGCUUGAGAGAAUGUAGUAUGUACUAUAUUGAACGUGUGUUACUUCAUGUCACUCAAACUAGUUUUCUGUGGUUAUUUCAGCAUACUGUACUGAUGUAGAAGACUACAUGCCAUGUAUUCCUACUGUUACUCCUGCUCCUACUCCAACUCCUGUCUUUGGUUGCCAAAAGAACAGUUUAUGUUUUUGCAAAGAGAAGAAACCCUACUGUCGAUGUAAUAAUGAUGCUGAUGAAUGGUUCUUUGGUGAGAACUGUGAGCAGGAGUGGAGCCUUGUUACUUUUGCGUUGGUGGCAUCGCUUCCAGGAAUUGGUCUAGCUGCAAUUGUGGGAUUGACAGUGUUCUUUGCACUUAAAUCGAAAAACAACGCCAAAGAGAAGAAGGCUGCAAAGGCCAACAAAAUAGCCGCCAAGCAGCAGGAGGAGGCCGAGAUGUUCCAGAAUAUGCACUUUGCCUCCGACAUAGCGGAACGGCCAAAGUCCACGCUGCCUAACCAGCCUCUCCCAAUGACAUCCAUGAACAACCAAAGGCCUCCACCCCAGGAUAUGGCAGGCCCAGGCAGACCGGCGUACGGCCAAUCCUUCAGAAACCCGCCCCCAUCACAAAACGGGCCAAUGGGAGGGCCUCCCAUGCAACAAAAUGGUAUACCCAGACCAACGGCAGGACCUCCCAUGCAGUCCAAUGGUUACAAUCCACCUAGGAACAUGCCCCCUCCACAAAAUGGGCCGAUGUCUGGAGGACCCCCCAUGUCCGGAGGACCUCCCAGGAACAUGUACCCUUCCCGAGAUGGGCCAAUGUCAGGAGGAGGACCUCCCAUGCAGUCCAACAGCUAUGGAUCUGGCAUGGGCCAGGGGUUGAGUAAUCCAUAUGAAGGUUCAUCUAUCAGGAGACCCCAGUACGAUGGCCCGAGCUCUUCUCCAGGAUAUGGACAGAGCACCAGACAGCCCCCCACCAAUGGCGUGAUGGUGAUGUCUCCACAGCAGUUUCCCCCUGCUCCAUCAUUUUCCGCCCCCGACUACCCGCCCAACAGUCCCUUCCAAAGAUACUGAGAAUUUCUGAGCUGAUAUGAGGUCGUACGUGAGGAAUCACCUACCUCACUUCCACAGUUGUUUGUGUAUAUACAGUAUCAUUUUCUUGCUAACUUAUAACGUCAAGGCAUCAAGAUUGUUUUGUGCUUGUAAAUUAUGUUGAACGCUCAGGAGAGAAUGUAAAGUAUGUGAAUUAAAGUUAAUUUCAGACUGUAUAUUCCCACUCUAGUUUAUAACAUUUCUCAUUAAAUGUUAAUGAGUUAAUUGAUGAAGUGCUGACAAUUUAAACUGUUUACUCCUG